AAGCUUGGCAUCCCAUUGGGAAAAAACCCCAACGAGGCAAAACCUAGGCGAAAGAAAAAGGAGAGGCAAAACAAAAAAAAAUAAAAGCAUAAAAGGAAAGAGAACCGUGAGAGCGAGAGGCGAGUCGAAGAGAGAGAAAAGAAAAGGGGGGAAACAAAAAGCGAGCCAGCGAGCGAGAAGAGCGAGUUUUUCCGCUCUCCAGCGAUCAAUCCACUUCAACGGUCUCGACCGAGCGAAGGAAAGAGCGAGAGCGAAGCAAGGGAGACGAGCUGCAGAAACAAAAAAGAGAGAAUUGGAGAAGUUCUGUCUUCCGGCGAUGCGCUUCGAAUCGAAGCGUCUCACACUACUCCUAGCGAGCUCCAAGAGAGCACGGAGCAGAUCACCGUCCGCCUCUUCCCCUCGAUUUCGGAGCGAAAUGAGAGCUUUUUCGAGCUCCUGGCGGCAGAAUAGGUCUCGAUUCUAGUCGCCUCGCAUUGUUCUAGGGUUUUCGAUCUCGCUCUUUGGAGGUAUUCGAGCUCGGAGUCUCCGUUAUUGGUGUCGGCUCCUGAUCCUGUCUCGCUUUAGGGUUUUGGUCAGCAAAGAUGAGAUUUUGGUCUGCAUUGCUCUGGCUGAGGAGUUGGGAAUUGGGUAUAGCUCGCGCUUUCCCUAGGAAAAGGUGCAAAGCCUAAUCUUGGCUAAAACCCACGGAGCACAGAAGGGGCAGCAGUAGAGCUUCAAUUCGAUUGAUCUGGUGAAUAAUUGCAUGGGCACUGUUCACUGAGAGAUGCCGCCGCCUCCGCAGCCACUGCCACCACCAACACAACACUCUCGGACCAACCUCGGCGACCUCAGGUCCCAGAUAGCGAAGAGGCUUGGGCCAGAACGAGCGCAGAGGUACUUCAGCUAUCUGAAUGGGCUGUUAUCUCAGAAGCUGAGCAAGUCUGAGUUCGAUAAGCUCUGUGUUUUAACGCUCGGGCGUGAGAACCUCCCCUUGCACAACCAGCUCAUCCGCUCCAUCCUUAAAAAUGCCUGUCAGGCCAAGAUUCCACCCACUGUUGUCCAUGACAAGGGUAUGCUGAAACCCGUUGGCGCUGUAGCAAAAAAAUCUCCUCAGAUAGAUGAAAGUUUCAAUUCAUCCCCGGCCGCAAUUCCACCAGCACCCAUUUGGUCCAAUGGAGAUAUCCUGCCGUCGUCCUCUUGCAAGUUCAGGUCUAUCAUUCGGGACCGGAAGAUCAAAGACCACCCGAGCCCCCUCGGACCAAAUGGGAGGGUAGAAGUUGCUGCUUAUCAAUUUUCAGUACCCCUUGAUGAGGAUACUGUGCGGGAGAAUGGUGAUCUGAAUUCAUGUGAUUUGAAAAGACCAUUGCAACAUCAACAAAGUGGGUCUGCUGAGCAGCCAGCAAAGAGACCACGGACGGAGAAGCCAUCACCACCUGACCAGGAUUCUGUAUAUAGCAAGGGUCUGGCUGAAGUGGUUUUCAUGGAUCAUAGGGAGGACUUGAAGCAUAGGGAUGAUCAGAACCUGGCUAGAGGUCCCCUUCAGGCCCCGCUUGGAAUUCCCUUUUGUCCUGCAAGUGUCGGAAGGGCUCGUAGGUCUCUGGUACUUGCUGCCGAUGGCUUUAGCAGCAGCUAUGAAAAUGGUGAACUGUACCAUACUGAGGUAUUGAAGAAACGAAUGGAGAAAAUAGCAGAAGCAGAAGGUUUGGGAGGGGUGACAAUGGACUGUGCAAGUCUAUUGAAUAAUGGGUUAGAUGCUUAUUUGAAGCAGCUGGUUAAGUCAUGUGCAGAGCUAAUAGGGGCAAGGAAGGGGCAUGAACCAAUAAAGCAGCUGGUCUACAAGCAGCAGCCUCAUGGGAAGCCAAUCAAUGGUGUUUGGCUGAGAGACCACUUGCAAGUACAAAGUAUUGGUGGCUGUUUGGAGAGCGCACAUGGGCUGAAGAACCAUUGCUCCUCUAUAUCUCUGCAGGAUUUUAAGGUAGCAAUGGAGCUAAAACCGCAGCAACUUGGGGAGGACUGGCCCUUGCUACUUGAGAAAAUAUGCCUCCGUUCAUGUGAAGAAUAAAUACAGAUCCAGAUAAAGUUUUCUGGUUUAAAGCAAAUUGUGGCUGGAUGGGUUCUGAUACCCAAGUGCCAGUCCAUUUGGGCCAUUACAGGCAGAAUCACACUCUGCAGCUUAAAAGGUGCAGCUUGGUCGAUUUCUUUGGGAUCGCAGCAGAAGAAUUCUGUAAGAUCCUGCUGCGGGGUCCAUGCUCAAACAAGAACACAUUUUUUAAGAUCAAUCUUCUCAUAGGAAAGAUGUUAUCCCCUCUUCGGUCCAUUUGUUGUAUGUUUAGUAUCCAUUGGGGGACAUCUCCACCACACCCAGAGAUAUCCCAAGCUUUCAUGUAAUUUACAGUAUGAGUGACUCGAAAGGCGGUAUGCAGGAAUACUGUUGUGUAACUUAUACCAUCAUGUUCUGUAAGUUUCAUGGGUAGCGGUGUAUGUAUUAUCGAUUGCAAAAUUGCUGGGUUGGUUCAAUACCAUUUCAUGGAUCGUUUAUAAUUUUUUCAAUUUGAAUCUCUUUAGCAUUUGAUGGUUAGAUA